AUGAGCUCUGGUACUUCAAGCGACGGAUCCAACCCAAUGAAGCGAUGUGAGGCGACUCGCUGCCUCAAUGACAGGAAGAAGAGAGUUAUCACGCCGAGUCGUCGCGAGCAAAAUCGUGCCAGUCAGAAACGGUGGAGAGAAAGACGCAGAGGCAAUAGGACCUCUUCUGAUGGUUCUCAAUCCACUGAGAGUCCCUCGGAGACCCCUGGACGGCAGUCUGUAGGGCCGCAAGACAAAGGAGACUUGGUCUUCCUUCAUGCCGAUACCGACCACCUUUCAAUGUCCUCUGCUUUGGCGACUUGCUCAACUCCCUCGCUCAUCUCGGGAGCGUCAGAACCCAGUCUACCGAUGCUCGAUUCACGAAACCUUAAUGAUCCGUUCUCCUCGCUAUUCUCCGCCAUGCUAUACAAUGCCAUCGCUUUGGGGUUUGAUCUACCCCGACUCAUCAAUUGCUCGCCGACUGUUCUGUCCCCUUUCUAUAGACCACUGAUGGACACCAAUAUCGAUCAAGCAGACCUGCUCAGCUCCAUCAUCGCCGGUCUACCUCCAGACCUUCCGCCUUCACUGCGACCAACCAUUUCACAAGUCUUAUUUCCUCACCAUCCAUGCCUGGAUCUCAUCCCGUUCCCCAAACUCCGCGACAAUGUCCUCAUGGUGGCCGCCGCGAUGCCACAUAAGCCUGUCCAGUGGUCCCUGAAGCUGGACUUGUAUCAGAAUGGUGGUCUUCAGCUGGCGUCUAUGAUCGAGAAAGAGGCUCCGCUGGUCUCACCAGGUGGCACCGUCUGGCCUUGGGAAGCUUCGAGCUGGCACGUCGAGCCAUGGUUCAAAUCCAAGUGGUUAUUGGCUUUCGGCGCGGUGAACUGA